GCCGCCGCCGCCUUCGGCCUGCGGGCGCUCGGGGGCGCCGUUGCCGGAGAGCGGGGGCGCGGGGGUGGCCGCGGGGCGGCCCGGCCGCGGAGACGCCCCCGCCGCGCGCUGAGCGCCGCCCCUCCUGGCCGGCCGUCGGAAGCGGAGCCCGCGGGCCAGCCGGCCAGCCAGCCAGCCAGCCAGCGAGCCCGGCCAUGGCCAAGGAGCAGGGCGCGCCCCGCCGCCAGCCGCGCCUCUGCCAGAUGCUGCGCGGCGAGCAGGGCUACGGCUUCCACCUGCACGGCGAGAAGGGCAAGAGCGGCCAGUUCAUCCGCAAAGUCGAGCCCGGCUCGCCGGCCGAGGCGGCGGGGCUGCGCGCCGGCGACCGCCUCCUCGAAGUCAACGGCGUCAACGUGGAGAAGGAGACGCACCACCAGGUUGUGCAGCGCAUCAAAGCAGUGGAAACCGAGACCCGUUUGCUGGUGGUGGACAAAGAGACGGAUGAGCAUUUCCGGAGUCUCCGCCUGACCUGCUCUGAGGAGACGGGGCACCCCGUCGCAGCGGCAAACCCUGAAGCGGCACCAGGCAAAGUGCCCAGUACCAGCAACGGAGACUCCUGGAAAGCCGGGGCAGAGCUGAGCAGCAGGAACCUGAAAAGGCACAAGCACGGCUUCGGUUCGGAGAGUGGGAAGAAGGAUGUGAAUGGACAAGCCAAGGAGCCUUUGGGGCCCCGACUUUGCCACCUCAAGAAAGGCCCCAAUGGCUAUGGGUUCAACCUGCACAGCGAGAAGUCCAGGCCUGGACAGUUCAUCCGGUCAGUGGAUCCGGACUCACCAGCAUCCAGGGCAGGUCUCCGACCCCAAGACAAACUUAUUGAGGUCAAUGGGAUCAAUGUAGAAGGCAUGAAGCAUUCAGAAGUUGUGGCGCAUAUCAAGUCUAAGGAAAAUGAAGCUAGGUUGUUGGUAGUGGACCCUGGAACAGAUGAAUAUUUCAAGAAACUUGGCAUCACCCCUGCUGAAGAACACAUUCGAGGGGGAGUUCCUCAACCUAUGACGAACGGGUCAGCGCAAACACAGCUGAAUGGAGGAUCCCUGUCUUCAUCCCACAGUGACUGCCAAAGUCCCGAGGAGGCCGAGGUAAAAGAGUCGAAAAAGAAAGAUCCGUUUGAAGAAAGUGGGUUGAACCUGAGUCCCACCGCAGCGGAAGCCAAAGAGAAAGUGCGUGCCAAGCGGGUGAACAAGAGGGCACCUCAGAUGGACUGGAACAAGAAACGGGAGAUUUUCAGCAACUUCUGAGCCCAUCAAGAGCCCCACUUCCUUUCCGGCUCCUCCUGCCAGGAGACAUUUGCCAGGUGCACGAAUCGUGCCACACCCCGAUGGGCAGAGCCGCAACUCACCCCAUGCUCCAUGUUUUUCCACAGGCAAGGCAGAUUUUCCAAACCUCUCUGAUUGUGCAAAGUGGUCAGAGACCAAACGAGAGAGAGAAGUGAAGGCAAAGAAGGUGGGAGGGAGAGAGACUGAUGGAAUUGCAGGGCUGAAGCUCGGAGACUAACAAGUAAGGGGGGGAAAACCUCUUACGGUUUGUAUUAAUUAUGGAUCACUUAACUGGCAAUAUUUAGAAUAUAGUAUUUAUAGGACCAUUUUUAUAUAAGGAAUUGUUUGAGUUUCUUCUCUUCCCCAUUUGUGUUUAGAUAUUUUAAAAUAUUUUUACAUUCCAAAACAGCACAUCUCCUUUCCACUUAGAUGAAAGCUAUAGUUUAUACCGCUGUGGGGUACAGUGUUAACAUCUUCAUAAAUGGGUUAGCCAACCAGUUCUUAAUUGUGACUCCUUCAGCUCUAAGUUUGGGUUUUAUUUUUUCAGUACUGUAGUUAGGACUUGAAAUACCCUUGUUUUUAGCAUAGCAGAUCCUUUUCUUUCCAGUCUUUUUCAAGGCUCAGAACGUAGCAAGGACAAGCUUUUUAUGUUACAAAAUACCACACAUGGUUACAAGGAUAGACAUCAUAAGCAGUCAAGCCAGCAUCUUAAGGACCCCUGUGUGAAUCCUGACAUUUAUAAGGCAUUGCAAUCUGAAUUCAUUUUUGUUAUAACAAAAAGCUGGGAAUACACUUUUUAGUGAGACUUGAGUUGAGAGUAGUAGGAGAAAAAGGUUGUGUCCAGGCAACGGUCUAGAACAGCUCCUUCAGGAACAAAGUUCAUGCUGGUAAGCAAGAAACAACUCAAGGUGAGAUGUUCACACCAGUUUUGAGGAAGUGGAUUUCAUCUCCAUUUUUUAAAUUAAGUCUAGGGCAUUAAAAAAAACUUUAAAAACUUUAAUUUUGCUGAUCUUUCAGUGGCUGUGAGGUAACCAGCCUCUCUUUCAACUUGCAACAUAAUAGCUGCAUUUUUCUGCCCCAUGGAAGAAAGAUGUUGACAGGGAUUGAUCUCAUGUGGGACUAAUCUUCGCACAGGUAGUAAACAUGAUUGUGAAUUUGGUGUAAUGCUCUCUAAUUCUUACCUAGUUGCUAUUGGGGAAAGUGUGAACGCUAGAAAAGAGGGUGUCUGCUGCUCUCCGAAGAAGAUAUUUGUACAUCUGCUCCAGAGCUGUCAGUGUGUGCCUAACUAGGUCAAGGCUCAAAAGCCAGAGACCAAGGGUUCCUGUGACUUCGUGGGUAAAUCUGGUUGCCAUCAGUGGCCACUGACCAUUCUAAGAGGGUAAAGGAGGUUGGACCCACAGGCCAAAGUCUGCUGGGAAACUCUUUAUGUGCAAGCCCUUUAGGCAAUGGGCAUUUUUACCCCAUCUUUAUUUCUGACAGGACAGGGGUCAUGGGAAUUUUCUGCUGCAUGUGCCAAUGUGCCUUGGACCCAGGUCAGGAGAGAGCAUACAAAUCUGGGAUUCCCUUCCACUGUAAUGACUGAAAUUAAUCCUCUUUGGUGGGGAAUGUGGUUUCUCACUUACAGUGUUUCUGGACAGCAUAAAAACAAGGCAAAUAUUUCCAAGUAAUCUCUGCAGAAAUCUCUUGCCCAUAAAAAUGCCACUGAAUACCAUUUGCUCCUGGACCUGAAGUGGAGGUCAUUCAUGACAGAAUGUACAGCUCCCAACAUUUCAAUGAUGGCUCAGAGAUCUCCAGAAGAGCUACCAAAUUGUAAUUAUUAAUAUGGCAGAAGGGGAACAUUAAUGAAUAGGUGACCAGUCAGAAAUAAUCUUAACCAUAUCGAAUCUUCAUUAAAUCUAAAUGUAAGUCACACUGAGUUAAUUAAUGAACCCUAGACUCCUUUAUUUUGGAGGGCAGCCUCUUAAAAGCUGAAGGUGGUCUUUGACACGGAAAAAAAUGACCACCACAAAAUCAGGUUCCAAACCUUUAACAUGAACCUGCUAAGUAGGAAGGGAAGAACU